CGCCACAGCACCGUGCCUGCCGUGGGGUCGUCUGAGCCCCGCGCUGGGAGGCAGAGAGAGGAGGGCCCAGCGCUGGGACCGGACGUGCUUUCCUAGGCAGCACCUGCGGGGGGCACCCAUGCUGCCAUCGGCGGCAAAUGCCCCAGCUGGUUGCCCCGCUGCUCACGCCUGCACCCAGGAAGGAGGAAGUUGCCUCACAGGCUUUGGCAACUCGGGGCUUUUCUCUCUUGCUCCGGGGCGUGAAGCCCAUAAAUAGCCAGCCAGCCAGGCUGUGCCGGCAGAUCGCUCCAAGCACAGCUGGGCACAUCUGCCCCUCGGCUCGUUCCUAGCAGCCAAGGAUCUAGGCCAGGACCGAGCUCCAGGACCCGACCCCCUCCCCGAGACCCAGCCUUCCCCCUCCCCGAGACGAUGGUGAACGUCACCAUGGAUAACUUCUCGUGCUACGAGGCGUCCAUCGUGGGGUACCGCUACGUGGCUGUGACCUGGGGCGUGGUGGUCACCGUGGUGGGCACGCUGGGCAACGUGCUGACCCUCCUGGCCUUCGCGGCCGACGCCAAGGUGCAGACCCGCUUCAACCUGCUCAUCGUCAACCUGACGCUGGCCGACCUGCUGUACUGCGCCGUGCUGCAGCCCUUCUCCGUGGACUCCUACCUGCACCUGCACUGGCGGGCCGGCCCCAGCUUCUGCCGCGUCUUCGGCAUGCUGCUCUUCGUCUCCAACUCGGUCUCCAUCCUGACGCUCUGCCUCAUCGCCGUCAGCCGCUACAUGCUCAUCGCCAACCCGGCCCUCUUCAACCGGGUCUUCUCCCGCCUGGGCGUGGGGCUCGUGGCCCUGGGCGCCUGGGUCCUCGGCUUCGCCAGCUUCGCCCCGCUCUGGCCCGUCUUCGUGCUGGUUCCCAAGGUCUGCACCUGCAGCUUCCACCGCAUCCGGGGCCGGCCCUACACCACGAUCCUGAUGGCCUUCUACUUUGUGGUGGGCCUCAGCUGCGUGGGCAUCUUCUACUUCCUCAUCCACCGCAAGGUGAAGGGGGCGUCCCACGCCAUGGACCGCUACAAGCUGAAGAAGGCCAGCGUGAAGGGGGCUUACGUCGCUGGGGCCAGCUCGGCCACGCCGGGCCAGUUUGUGGAGCUGGACAGUGGCGUGGACACGGGCGUCUCCCAGCCCUCCAGCAUCUCGGAGCAGGGCCACACCUCCAAGACGCUGGUCGCGGAAAAUGGCUCAGCCCCUGCCCCAGCCCCCACCCCAGCCCCCGUCCCCGCCCCCACGGCUCAGGCCCCGGCGGUGCCCAAAAGCCUGCCCUCCCAGCCCAAGGACAGCAACAAGGAGUUCCGGAAGGUCACCCGCAUGUGCUUCGUGGUCUUCCUCUUCUUCGUCCUCAGCUACAUCCCCUUCCUCCUCCUCAACAUCUUUGACGCCAAGAACCGGGCGCCCACGGCGCUGCACAUGGUGGCCGCCAACCUGACCUGGCUGAACAGCUGCAUCAACCCGGUGCUGUACGCCGCCAUGAACCGCCAGUUCCGCGAGGCCUACACGCGUGUGCUCUCCACCAUCUCGCGCCGCCUCCGGUGCCUCUGAGGGCUGGGGCGGCGGGGGGCAGGGCUGCCCCGGAUCAGGGAGCUGCCGUGGUGCUGCCCCGCCCCUAGGGGGACCCCAGAUCCUGGCUUGCCCCAGGGGAGGACGUUGGACCCAAGCACAGACUCAUGCCAGAUGUGGCUUUGCCCUGCCCCGGUGCCUCCUGCUGGUGGCAAGAGGAACUGCCCCGUCUCUGGGGGGGUGGCAGGGGCAGGUUGGUGCUGAGCCCUGCCCCACGUGGGCCGCCAGCGCUGCCUUCGCAGAGUGCCAGCGUGGACUGUCCCUUUACCCACCGUCCUUGGCCUAGUGAGGUGGCGGAGGCCAGCUGGGCCCUGCCGUCCCAGCUCUAUUUAUUGUUUGUUCCUGAUUCACACCCUGUCAUUUUUCUAGCACUGCCACAAUAAACGGA